CAUUAUACGUUCUCUACCAACGGGACUGUCCUAGCUAAAAAGUCACCGUCAUACUUGCGGUUCUGCUAUUGUCAUACGACGACGACGACAACGACGCUAAUCCAAAUGUGGAUCCUCCCGAAUAUUCAUCGAUUUGUGCUGCUCUGUUCGCUGUGCAUCUACCAAUAUUGUCUGCCCGCUGACUCGAAGAAUGCCGCAGAUCCGGCGGGACUCGUAGAUCAGGCAUGGGGGAUACGUUUUCGGGGUUCAGGUUUAAGUCGACUUUCGGAAAACGAUUUCCGACAGCACUCCCAAGGCAAACGAAUCGUCCAUCUGGGCCCGGGAACUCUGACCAAACAGAAAACGUAUCAAGCUUGCGUCGCACCCGGCAAUCGGAGCGGUCAUUGCAAACACCUGAGCGGAUGCGUCCUUGAUGAGUUCCGCUCGAACUUUGAACGAUUCGUGAAUUACAUGUGCAUAAUUGAGCAGACGUAUAUCGGCGUGUGUUGCCCGGACGGCGUAGUGACGGCUCGAGCGGACAAAACCUUCGAGGACGAUUUGGCCAGCAUGCUGCCGGCGAUAGCGAGCGUCGACGACGACAAGCAAGAGUGGAACGGAACCGAGAGCGGGGACGGGAACGGGAACGGGAACGGGCCAGCUGACGAUGACAAGGUCUCGGGUAGUACAGAGGAGGAGACGCGAAAAGCGCGGAGGCCCAGAGGAUGCGGCACGACCACGAAGAUGAAGACCAGAAUCGUGGGUGGCCAGCCGGCUGACCCGAAAGAAUGGCCGUGGAUGGCCGCUCUGCUCAGGCAAGGCACGGUUCAGUACUGCGGGGGUGUGCUGAUAACAGAUAGACACGUGCUGACGGCCGCGCAUUGCGUCUACAGGUACAAACCGCGCGACAUCGUGGUGCGGCUCGGCGAGUACGACUUCACCCGGCCCGACGAGACGCGAGCGUUGGACUUUACGGUGACGGAGAUACGGGUACACCGGGAUUUCGUGUAUACCACUUACGAGAAUGACAUCGCCAUCAUCAAGAUCCAUCGGCCCACCACGUUCAACAGCUACAUCUGGCCGGUCUGCCUGCCGCCGAUUCAACAGACGUUCGAGAACAAGAACGCCGUGAUUACCGGCUGGGGCACGCAGUAUUACGGAGGACCCGCCAGUACCGUGCUGAUGGAAGCCGCGGUGCCCGUGUGGCCUCAGGAACGAUGCGUCCGCAGCUUCACUCAACAGAUUCUGAACACCACGAUAUGCGCGGGCGCUUACGAGGGAGGUCGCGACGCCUGCCAGGUGAGAGACCGACGGUCCGUUUACCGUGGUGUGCGAACGCGCGGUCAAUAAUCCUGAAUAAAAGCUCGCUCUCGGGAGCGAGAAGAAUCCAAGAUAAUCUUUCAAAUGGAAGGAGAGAUGAUAGUUGAGAUAAAAGAAAAAUCCCGCGAAACCCGAUCUCGAACCCAUUCUCGAAUAAAAGUCCGCUCUCUCAGGCGAGAAUAAUCUGCGAUAAUCUUUCAGACAAAAAAGAUACGAAUGAUAACAUUGAAGGUGAACAAAUCGAUACGAUUCAAGACGCGCAGAGCGAAUGCACGUCGGGCCUCUCUCGCGCCUUCAUGUUACUAAGCCUCUCUCUCUCUCUCUCUCUCUCUC